AUGAGUGGCAGCAGUUCCCGUUUUGGAGCUAUAAGUGGAAUGGGCUCCAAAGAAUUGACACUAACAGAUAACUCGGUCAGCGGUACUAAUGGUGUAGCUUUUCAUGUUCCUGGCGUAGAAUGUGGACUAACAUCCGGUCCAUCUGGAAAUGAAGCCCACAGUUCAUCUAUAGGCUUGGCCGUUUUUCCAGUGGAUAACGUCCAAGGCUCUUGUUACCAAGUAUCAAACUACUUCAUCUGGAAAUGUUAUGACAUUGCAAUAUAUUACAACAACAGACUGUCUGUAGUUUUGAUUAAUAAUACAAUGGCAGAAAAUACUCUGGGAAUUUACAACCAAAUAAUAGGACCAAGUGCUGCUGCUCAUUUGUAUGCGGCGAAACAAUGUACCGUAAAGGACAGCAUCAUCAUCGGAACGACCUCAUCAUAUAACUGCACCACCGACCAGGCUAAAUCUACGGGAAUAAGUAGUCAGAUAACUGGAGGUCAUGUCGGUUUGGUGUUUGCUUCUUUCAUGCAAGGAAGUAACAGCGCUCCAUUUUACGACCUGACUGGAAUAAGGAGCUACCCUGCAAGCAUGGGAAUUAUGAACGUUGAGGGUGUAACGUUUGCCCAUUUUAAGACGGUAUGCGGUACUAAGGACGUCAUGUUGACUACAAACAAAGCUAACGAUGACGGACAACACCCUGUUGUGACUAAAGAAAUCACCAAGUAUGACUCGGAAAACGAUAGCUCCUUCUUUAUUCAUCGACCGAACAUCGAGAAAAUAAAUCCGAGAGACUGUGUUGAUAUGGACUGCGAUGGACUAAAGAAAGCGUUAAUAAGGGACGAAGAUGGCACGUUCUUAGGCACAAUACGCUCUGUCCUAUCUCAGUCAGAAUGGGAAUGGAAUGGUGAUCCGAAUAGGGGAUUGGGGGACUACAGGAUACCGUUGGAGAUGCUGACCACCCUAACAGGAGAACGUAUCAACGUUAGUAGCAUCGCGCCACACAAAGGAAUAAUACGAACUGAUCAGUGUAUUUACCGAGCGGCUUGGCAAGCGUACGAGUGUCACGACCUCGACUACAAAAUGCUGAUAAUAGAGAGUCUGGACGCGGACACGGAGACCCGGCGGCUGUCACCUGUCGCCGUUCUUGGUGACGGGUAUCUGGAUCUAAUAAAUGGACCCCAGGACCACAGUGCCUGUAGGAUAGGCAACUGUCGUAAACGUCUUUCUACGUUCAUGGCUAUUGUAGCUACAGGGAAGCAUUACCUACUUCAUUUUACAACUACAAGCCCACAGACGUUGCGAUUCUUCCUAUUGAACUCCAACGAUAACCAGGUCGUUACCUUAGGUAUAUGGUACUCUCAAUCCAACCGUCGAGAUGUGUAUGUGAAUGACGAACUAGUUCUAGCAAAGAACGCUAGAAUGGUUAAUGGUAAAUAUGUAGUCGAUCCGCCUUCAUCUCCAGGUGAAUUCGUUCCGGCUACAGACUCCAGUGAUGUCACCGGAACUAAUUUCUUCGACAGGGACUCAAAUAUCUUGUAUGUGUUAGUUAGAGGCAGCAGUCCAGUCAAAAUAGUAACAAAUCCGUCGUUUAUCGUCUCAUUUCAAAUACCAGCAUUGACAGCAGAGGAGUUCUACGGGGAAGCAUUAAUACAUAAUUUAGCUUUGUUUUUCGAUGUACCGCCGGAGAAAAUCAGGGUAGUUAAUGUUGUGAGGGAGUCUGGAAGAAGAAGACGAAGAGAUGUAGCUGAGGAUAUGGAGAUUCAAUUUGAAAUCAGUGAUCCCCCAAAAACAGAUGGGAACGCUACAGAAAACGAAACAUUGACAACGGAAUCCUUGUUGAACAUAUCAUCAAAGUUUAUCAAUGAAGUGCAGGGAGGAAAGGACUUAAGUAAGGAACUCAAUGUGACUAUAAGCAGUAUUGCUGUGAGUGAACCGCUUCCUGAGGUACGUGAAGACGGGGAAUACAUAAUAGAAGACUCCGAUGGGAAACUAACCAUACCAAAGAGUAUGAACAUAACCAUACAGCCGUCUGCGUCAUACGAAACUGUACAAUUUCCUACACAACCCUGUCUGAAAGUGUAUGAUGAGCAGGAUCAACCCAUGACAAAGUUGGGCAGUAUUGGCGACCCUUGGCAUAUGACUGCAUAUCUGAUAUCCGGCGCUAACCUAUCUGCCACACUACAUGGUACUACAACCGUAGAUGUGGUUGGAGGAUGGGCGAAUUUCACCGACCUUACCGUAUCCCAUUACGGGAAUGACUUCUGUCUUCACUUUAAUAAGACUUACCCAAUUAACGAAAAACAUUUAUCUACUCAAUCAGAAACCUUUUCUGUUGCGAAGUUAGAGGUCGCUUUGAGUAAUAAUAUAUCUACAGAACCCUUAGUUAUGAACAAAGCUACCGAAAUGAGGAUUACGUUGAUAGACAACACCACACGACAUCGAAUCAGCGACAUAGCAUGGAGGGGCCAUAAUUGGACAGCAACAGUCAGUCUCGUGAAUGUGUCGGAUACUACGGGGAACAUGUCAGGGUCUCUCCAUGCGAUAUUUGAUCCCGACACUGGUGAAGCUGUGUUUGAUUCAUUGACAUUCGAUCAGAUUGGCUUAUACUUUUUGACAUUUCAUGUAACUUCUUCCCCAGAAGAGUAUGGUAUUAAUGACAAUGUCCAGGUCCAGGUAGUUAAUGAAAAGCAGUUUGCCCUACUCAACGACAACACAACGAUCGUCACCAAUAUAACCGUAACAUUUGAGGAAAAUUACCAGCAGAUUGUAGGGGAUAACGAGGCCAGUUUCGGAGCCAUGAUCGCUAAUAUUAUUGCACAACAAAAUCCAGAUGUCACAACAACGACAAUUAUUCCAACAUCGAUGGUACCUAAAACCACAGCACUGGAUACUACAACUACAACGGCGGUAACUACGACAUCAGCGGUGGAUGUAACAGCUACAACACCGGUUACUACAACAACUGUUGACAUUACGACUACAACACCGGUUACUACGACAACAACACCGGUUACUAAGACAACGACAGUGGAUACUACCACUACCCCACCGGUUACUACGACAACGACGGUUGAUACUACCACUUCACCACCGGUUACUACAACAGCUGUUGAUAGUACGACAACAACACCGGUUACUACGACAACGACAGUGGAAACUACCACUACCCCAACGGUUACUACGACAACGACGGUUGAUACUACCACUUCACCGCCGGUUACUACAACAGCUGUUGAUAGUACGACAACAACACCGGUUACUACGACAACGACAGUGGAAACUACCACUACCCCAACGGUUACUACGACAACGACGGUUGAUACUACCACUACACCGCCGGUUACUACGACAACGACGGUUGAUACUACCACUACCCCAACGGUUACUACGACAACGACGGUUGAUACUACCACUACACCGCCGGUUACUACGACAACGGCGGUUGAUACUACCACUACCCCAACGGUUACUACGACAACGACGGUUGAUACUACCACUUCACCACCGGUUACUACGACAACGACGGUUGAUACUACCACUACUUCACCGGUUACUACGAUAACGACGGUUGAUACUACCACUACCCCAAUGGUUACUACGACAACGACGGUUGAUACUACCACUUCACCACCGGUUACUACAAUAGCUGUUGAUAGUACGACAACAACACCGGUUACUACGACAGCGACAGUGGAUACUACCACUACCCCAACGGUUACUACGACAACGACGGUUGAUACUACCACUACACCACCGGUUACUACGACAACGACGGUUGAUACUACCACUACCCCAAUGGUUACUACGACAACGACGGUUGAUACUACCACUUCACCACCGGGAACUACAACAACUGUUGACAUAACGACUACAACACCGGUUACUACAACAGCGACGGUGGAUAUUACCACUAUCCCACCGGUUAAUACACCAACUGUUGAUAGUACGACUACAACACCGGCUACUACGACAACGCCGGAGGAAACUUCGAAAUCAAGUAACAAGAAUUCUGGGAUGUCCGUUCCUACACUGAUUGUAAUUGUCACUACUCCAUCAGUACUUUUAGCGGGAAUAGUUGUUAUUUUUCUCAUUACCAAAUACAACAGACUGCGAGCUCAGGAUGCAAAAGAACAACUAACCAGGAAGGAUUCAUCGAUGGUCGCUGACAAUUUUCACACGACAGAAAACCAACAAGGAAGAAACGAAUAUCCCUACUCGUCACCUUUUUCGAUUACCAAUAAUAUGAAGUCAUAUCAAACGCAACUACCACGCAUACAAACCAAUUCUGUCUUGAGGUCAGUUACCCCAACGAUAACGCCAUCGAAUUUCACAUACCUUGGAGUCGGUGAUAACGGACAUUCUUCUCAGACAUUUUACACAGGAAAACAACAGAACAGGUUCAAUUAAUUAUCAUGUAUGGGUACUAUGUCCAAAGUCGUUGCAACAGUGGUUAGCAAAAUGAUAAGAAUCAAAGGUUUUAAUUUUCUCAAUUUAUUAAGUACAGAGAACUUAAGUUAUUACAUCAGGUUAAAGUUGUGAUCACUAUUCAAUGUGCUGAUUAUAUUCAGGUAUUCCAAACAUGAUGCAUUCAAAAAUUGGACGUUUUAAUAAGUAUUACGUCAUGAGAUAGUCAUUAAUACAUUAUGUGACCCAGAAGUGAAUAUGGGACUGCCAUACAUCCUUGGAAUUCAAAACAAUAUUUAAUGAUUUUCUUAUGCUUGUAUGUAUUUCUGUAUACUAUCUUUAAAAGUAUAACGGUAUUUUCGGAGAGUUUAAUAUUUAAAUUGUUUCCAUAUAUAGCCUUUUAACCACUAAACAAUAAUUUGUGAUGAGAGUUCUGUUGAUACCGCAUAAAUGUCUGUAACAAACAUAUGUUAUAACAUGAUGGCAAAGUUGAUUACUUCAGAUAAUUUGUUAGAUGAUGUACCUUACGUAAACAUGUUACAUGAAAAUCGGAAUGCUUAUGUUUGAAAGACACAACAUAUAGAUGAUCUGGAAGGUGUCCAUGGUAAUUUAUCACAACUAUUAAUUAUUAUGAAUUAUUGAUUAAGUUAGAUAUUCCAGAACCAUUUCAGCUCAUUGCGCCCUUCAUAACAUAAUCGGUGUAAGGCACCUGUAUUGGCUUCCUCUGAUUAUGUCCUAAUGAUUGUAGUUAUUAAUUCUCUACCUGUAUGUAUAUUUAGAGAGGAAGACAUGAACGUAGAUAAAGUACGUCCAAUGGACAUUUUACAUUCCUUUUACAGAUUUAAACAUUUGUAUAUGUCUACACGUUGAUCAAACACGUGUCUACUCAAAUUGGUACGCUACCGAAAUUGGUAAACGGCCAUAAAACGUUUUAAACUGUGCUAUAAAAUUGCAAGUGAAUGCGUUUUCAUCUGAGCAUAUAGCAUUUAUUUUAUUCAUCAAAACGUUUAGAGUGCAAAAUGGCUUUCCUUCGUCGAUAAUAUUAAUUUUUGAAGCUGUACUAUAUACGACAUCAUGUGACUAUUUUACCACGUGACAUAGUAUAGGUCCAUCAAGUAUGUUGAUAAGUACAGGAACCGCUCAUGCUUCUUUCAAAUAUUGUUAUAUAUAACUAUAUUAAGUGUCUUAAUAUUCCUUGUUUUGUUUACCUGUAUAACCAGAAACGUGUAUCUAUAUAAUCGAUAGUUCGUAUAAUCUAGACAUUUAAUUAAUCAAGUAGUUUUAUGUUUUUAGGAAUUUGCAACUAUUUGUAAGGAGAACAGUUCUAUAUUCCGGAUAGAUAUAUUUGUUAGUGAAUUCGCGAUUUAGAUCGGGAUUCAUUAUCAGAUAAUCAAACACCUAUUGCGUCACGUGAUAUGUUUACAUUUUUGUCACAACAAAUGACGAUGGAACUGAUAUCACCUGUGUACAAGAGUGUAUUAAGCACUUUAAUCAUCGUAUGUAAAAUGAUAUAUGUAAAUAUUUCAAUUAGUCAUAUUAUUCUCCGACGACAGAUACAUUGUAUCUUAUACCUUUUGUUUUAAGAUGUUGUAGGUAAUAACAUGUAAUAGUAUUAACAUGUCUCGGAAACUAAUACAAAACUUUAACAACCAUGGUUCAAAAAGCAAAUAAGUUUUACACUAAUUGUGCGACAGUGUUAUUUCCACAGAUUACUGUCAAUCGGACAACUUCUUUAGUUGUGUUUUAUGUUACCCUUUAUUUCUAGAAUAUCUAGAUUCCAUGACUAAAUAUUUAAUUGGUACACAGGAAAUGGAUAUAUAAAAUGGUUAUCCUCCAGGAUUGCUGUUGUAAAAUGCAUGCAGCUUAAAUAAGGUGAAGCUAAAAUCAGUCACCUAGGUUUAAUUUGACUUUAAAAAGUAAUUGGAAGGUAUUUUAAUUCCCUUUUGACAGGUUGGUGUUUAUUUCAGAGUAAAGUAAAGGACAAUAACAUGAUGUUUAACAAAGAUGGUGUGUUAUUAAUAUGUAAGUAAACAUGUAUUAUAUGUCUGUA